UGGCACUGUCAAUCCCCAUCUUGGGAAACCUGGUAAUGCAACAUGGUGGCGCGAUUGGUCGAACCAGAUGAGUGCAGGCGGAGCCGGCGGAGCCCGCACCUGCGUCAAUCUUCUCUGUUGCCUGGUGCUCGCCAGUGGCCAGAGUGGCCAGAGUGGCCAGAGGCCAUGCCCUCCUGCCUCAAACAGCACCAGGGACUUUCUGCGAUGCUUGGACUAUCGCCACGAGAUGGGCGAAUCAGAUUUGGACGAGCUGACGCACACCCCGACAGAGGCUGCUGACAACGAGGCAGUCGAAUACUUUGAGGAACUUUCAAGGAAUCGGCAGCUGCUGAAAUACUGGGAUAAAGAGGUGAAUGUCUUUACCAAAAAGAUGAGUGACGAGCUGGCCAGCUGGACGGUUGACAGGGCGCUACUGCCGCGCAUAUUCGUCUUGGGCGAACUUGAGCCAGCCUGCCAGCUCAUGGAAGAAUCUGUAGGCUUCCGGUACUCCAUGGAGCACUGGCUGCACCGAAUGCUCACGUCCAACGAGGCGAUUGUCGUGAACAAGGCAGAGGUCGCUGAUUUCGUGUACUUGCCGCACUGCGCCACCAGUGUCUUUAUGCACAUGGUGGUGCAGGAUGAGCAAGAGCAUCAGGGAGUCUUCCGCACGGCCAAUUCUCAGUCUGAAUUGAGGCUGAACUCAUCGAUCUUAAGGCGCAAGGAAGUCUUCCUGGGCUAUGAGGGGAAUCUGCCAGCGUCUUCGGUGCUUCGACUGGAUUCCUCCUACUUGAUGCACAAGGUGAACACGAUUUGGCCCUCCGCUGCCUUCGACCAGUGCUGGCGACGGUCCUCUUGCAAGUUCCUGGUCGGCAGCAUCUAUGGCCGUCACGUUUGGCGACACUUCGCAAAGGUCUUUGGGGACAAAGCGGUCUUCAUCACGCACGCAGGGAUGUCAGCUUGGCUACGUGGGCAGCCCGAUGAGUAUUUCCUUGCAGGAUCUGAGUCAGUCCCAGAAACAAUUGACAAUACCUGUCGUGCUUCCUGUCGCCUGCAUUGCAUGCUGGAGCCUCCAGCCGCUCUACCUCAGGAUGUGGUUCUCCCUUGGGUGGUCGCUUUUGAAUGGACCCCACGAGCCACAGCAUACCGUCAGCGAGACAUUUUGGUUUUCUACAGCGGCACCGAGAACUCCUGCUCCCGGAAGAAGAUCCGCGAGGCCUUCCAUGGACGCUUCGAGAUGGAGAUGAACUUCUUUGACCCCAGAUCCCACAACAAGGAGAAGGUGCUGAUUUUCCCCUCGGACUUCCGAUUGAAGCAGCAAGAAUGGUCUGAGUUGGCAUACAGAUCGAAGCUUUGCCUUUGUCCGGACGGUGAUUCGCCGAACACUGGGCGACUGGUGGAGGUGAUCAUGCAUGGCUGUGUGCCGUUGAUCAUCUCCAAUCGACUGCAGCCCCCUUUUCACAAGUACUUUGAUUGGUCCAAGAUUGCCUUCUUCCUGCGGGAGGACGCCAUUCCACGCUUGCCAGCGAUCCUAGCAGAACAGUUCUCAGGCCCCUCGGGUGAUCGACGCAUCCUGGAGAAGAGGACGCUGCUCCGACAAAUGUCACACUUGUGUGACUACGCUCGCGAUGGCAUUGGCUCUACGCUGCUUCUCGCAUUGCGAGAACAGACCCGAGAUCUUCGCGGAGAGUCGUGAGUGAAGCGUCGCGAGAGAAGAAGGCGUCCUCAUGAAGUCGUCCGGCCACCGUCCUCCGGAUGUUUUGGUCAGCUUCCUGGCCCUUUUUGAUCCC